AAAAGAAAACAAAGUGCUAAGUAAUUAUCCAUAAUGGCUGUUCACAAAGAUGUUAGUUUCCUUGCUUGCUUGCUUGUUCUUGGAUUAAUGUUUCUCCAUGUAAGUGCGACGAUAGACCAGGAUCGUGAUAUCAUCAAUCCCAGGCUUUGUACUAGAGAAUGUGGUAAUUUUAGCUAUGCGAUAUGUCCACGUUCAGAAGGAGAUCCAAGAAACCCCAUAUGUACCACAUGUUGUGCAGGCUACAAGGGUUGCCACUAUUACAGUGCUAACGGAACUUUCAUUUGUGAAGGACAAUCUGACCCAAGAAAGCCAAACGAACGUUGUUCCAAGGAAUGUGAUCGUAAAAUUGCUUAUUCAAAAUGUCCCCGUUCAGAAGGACCGACUAUAAUUAAACCCACUGGAUGCACCACAUGUUGCACGGGUUACAAGGGUUGCUACUAUUACGGUAAAGACAACAAGUUUGUGUGUGAAGGACAGAGUGAUGAACCCAAGGUUUGUACUCAACAAUGUGACCCUAAAGUUGCCUAUAUGACUUGCCCACCUGAAUCGGCAAAACGUACUCGAAUUUGUGUCAAUUGUUGUACCGCAAAACCAGGGUGCAAACUCUAUGGUCAUGAUGAAUCUUUAAUUUGUGUCGGUGGCGUUAAAGGUCAUAUAAUGGCUGUUCACAAAGAUGUUAGUUUCCAUGCUUGCUUACUUGUACUUGGAAUGUUUCAACUUAUAAGCGCCACGGAACUUGACGAUGCUACCAUGUUUUGUACCAUGGAAUGCGGUAAAUUUUCCUACACUAUAUGUCCACGUUCAGAAGGAAGUCCGAGAAAUCCCAUAUGCAUCAAUUGUUGUGCAGGCUACAAGGGUUGCAACUAUUACAGUGCUAAUGGAACUUUCAUUUGUGAAGGAAAAUCUGACCCUAGAAAGCCAAACACUUGUCCCAAGAAUUGUGAUUCAAAAAUUGUUUAUUCAAAGUGUCCUCUUUCAGAAGGAAAUAGGGUAAUUGAAAACAUCGAAUGCACCUCCUGUUGCACGGGUUACAAGGGUUGCUACUAUUUCGAUCUAGACGGCAAGUUUGUUUGUGAAGGAAAACGUAGUGAACCCAAGAUUUGUACUCAACAAUGUGACCCUAAAGUUGCUUACAUGAUUUGUCCAUCUUCUGGAUCGACAAAAUUACUUACUCAAAUUUGUGUCAAUUGUUGUACUGCAAAAGCAAGUUGUAAACUCUAUGGUCAUGAUGGAUCUCUACUUUGUACUGGGAAGCCUAAAAUUCAUUAA